UGUGUGUGCGCGCCGACCUUGUUCUUCCAGUGACGAGCUACCCGAAAGCCAGCUGUUUGCAGCGAAUACAUUUCUGGCAAAAGCCGCUGGGCAUUUUACCCCCUCUUUCAGGCUGUGGUAGUAGCCUUAUAUUUUACCGUCAAAAUGAGUCAGGAUGCGAUGGGGUGCUGUCCUGCUAUCGCUAGCUAGGCGGACAAAUUCCUUCAACCAGCUUUCUGUUUCAAUCACUGCGGGUUGACACAAACAUUAGCUAGCUGAGGCGUUGUUAAGUGAGCUAGCGCUAGCGGGCUAACAAGGCUGCGUUCGUAGCCGUUACGUGCAAUUUAGCCAGCGUUAGCUAAUGUAGUUAACGUUACUUAGCAAACGGAUGCAUUGCUGCGGCGUGGAUAGUGCAAUAACGGUUAUCGCUAUCUUAAAUAGCAAGGACUACUACUUUUUCUAGCGUAAAAUAGCCAGCUAACGUUGGAGAGACUCCACAUAUCAACUGUUACGGGUUUGGAUGUCGCGACACUGCAGUUUUGAAACACUUUUUGCGGAUUGUGAAGAUAGAAUUGGACCACAGUGACAGACGAAAAGAUAGAAUUGGACCACCAAGUGGCAGCGGGGGUUAAUGAUAUAAAGCAGGUAUUAAGGCUUUGGCUAAUCUGUGGCAGUUGUAGUAAUUUUAACAUUAGCUGUAUUAAGGCAGAGCGUCUCGGGGAGGCCCCACCGUCUCCUGACUCCCUCCCCUGUCCGAAUCUCCCGUGAUUUGCCGAGAACACCCGGGUGAAGUCGCAGUUUCUCUCGGCUGGGGGGACAACUUGACAGCGAGGCCCCUAGCUAGUCUCCCCUCCCCCAGUUCCGUCCAUCCAUCCAUCCGUCCAGUCCGAAAGACCACCUCCUCGCCUGACAUCGAAGCGAAUACCGGAGAUUCGGGAUAAGCUGAAACCGUGGGCAAGUGUUGCCGGGUCCCGUUUAAACCGGGCUGCCAAAACCAGAGGGGAUGACUCUUGAGUCCAUGAUGGCUUGCUGCCUGAGCGAAGAGGCGAAGGAGUCGAAACGAAUCAAUGCAGAAAUUGACAAACAACUCCGCCGAGACAAGCGAGACUCCAGGAGAGAGCUGAAAUUACUUCUUCUCGGUACGGGAGAAAGUGGCAAGAGCACCUUCAUCAAGCAAAUGAGGAUCAUUCAUGGAGCCGGGUACUCAGACGAAGAUAAGAGAGGCUUUAUCCGGCUUGUUUACCAAAACAUCUUCACCUCCAUGCAGUCCAUGAUCCGUGCCACUGAGACCCUUAAGAUCCCCUACAAAUUUGAACAGAAUCGGUCUAAUGCCAUGCUCGUGAAGGAGGUGGACAUCGAGAAGAUCAAUGGGUUUGACCAUCCCUACAUUGUGGCUAUCAAAAGCCUGUGGGCCGACCCAGGGAUCCAGGAGGCCUAUGACCGCCGCAGAGAGUACCAGCUCUCUGACUCCACUAAAUAUUACCUUAGUGAUAUAGACCGUGUGACUGCGGAGGGAUACGUUCCCACCCAGCAGGAUGUGCUGAGGGUCCGUGUUCCCACCACGGGUAUAAUAGAGUACCCGUUUGAUCUGGAGAACGUCAUCUUCAGCCUCCUCAACAGGACUGAUCCACACUUCCUGGAAUGGCAGGGGGGUUGCGAUUCCAACUAUCUUCCCACUCAGCAGGAUGUGCUCAGGGUGCGCAUCCCCACUACAGGAAUCAUAGAGUACCCAUUCGACUUGCAAAGCAUCAUUUUCAGGAUGGUGGAUGUAGGAGGUCAACGGUCAGAGAGGAGGAAGUGGAUUCACUGCUUUGAGAAUGUCACCUCCAUUAUGUUUCUUGUGGCGCUGAGUGAGUACGACCAGGUCCUGGUGGAGUCCGACAACGAGAACCGUAUGGAGGAGAGUAAAGCUCUGUUCAGGACUAUCAUUACCUACCCCUGGUUUCAAAACUCCUCCGUCAUCCUCUUCCUCAACAAGAAGGACCUGCUAGAGGAGAAGAUCGCCUACUCACACUUGGUGGACUAUUUCCCUGAGUUUGAUGGACCCCAGAGAGAUGCACAGGCAGCGCGGGAGUUCAUCCUCAAGAUGUUUGUGGACUUGAACCCAGACAGCGACAAGAUCAUCUACUCUCACUUCACUUGUGCCACGGACACUGAGAACAUCCGCUUUGUGUUUGCAGCUGUCAAAGACACCAUCCUACAGCUCAAUCUCAAAGAGUACAAUCUGGUGUGAGGGCUCACAUACGACGCACAUCUCCUCCCCAUUGCACAAAUGCACACCUCUUUCCGAGUGUGCGCUCUACUCCACAUGCAUUACACAGCACACCAUGCCGGCUCACACACACACACACCAACAGAACCCUUCUUUUUUUUUUCCCCCCAGUACAGUAUAUUCACAAAUCCUCCCACCUGCAAACGCCGCCCCUCCUCUUUCACCAAAGCUCACCCCCUUCCUCCUUCGCUUGGCAGCUUGAGUCCUCGCUCCUCCUAAAGCUGCUCCAUGUGUCAGAUCUGGCCCUGGCUGCUGGCUCUGGCACAUUUCAUCUGGCACACAAACCUUUCACACAGGCUGUACAGUGACUGAAGGGGACUUUGGUGUUUGUGUGUGUGUGUUUGUGUGUGUGUGUGUUUGGGGCAGCAUUGACUAGCGAGGAGCUGUGUUUUGGUGAAUAGCGGCAUCAAACCCCUUUUGGCCCUCUGGAGUUGACCCUCAGCAGUGUGAGAUCAGAUCCUCCGUCGUGUCCUUUCUGAGCUCCUUUCCGGUGUGGAAGGAAGUGAAUACUGUAUCUCCUGAAACCAAUCAAGGACCAGUGAGUGGCAUUAUGCAUCUUGGGACAGAGUGACUCGGGGAGGAAGUGAGUUCGCACACCGGACACAAGUGGAUGGGGCUGAGGAUUCUGUCUCCACCUCGCAUCUAUGAAUGUACCCACCAGUGUGAGCAUCGCAAUCGCAAAAAAAAAAAAAAUAUUAUGAAGUAAAUGCUUAUGUAAACACUUAAAACAAAAAGCACGAGAGGGCAAGACAUAGCUUAUCAAAAUGUGUUCAUUGCUGAGAUUUUUAAAAUGUUUUUAAUGAUAGAAAUGUGUUGCUACAUCUACUUCUCUUUAACAAAUAAUGGCUAAAAGGAAUGGUGAUAAGAAGUGGUAAGAAAAACUUCUUUUAAAAACAAAACAAAGACCUCUAAAAAGAAGCAACCAGAAAUUUACUUGACAUAAGUAUCCUUUAAAGAUUUCUGUGGGAUUUGUGUUUCAUGUUUAAGUUAAUCACAUCGCUUCCCUCCUCCAGAUGUUUUCUGUAUGGAUUCACAGGGACAAUCUUCCAUGUGACUGUCACAGCAUCUGGCUCCACUGAUACACCCCCACACCCUUAUUACAAAACACUAGUAGCGGGUGAGAGGACCCUGCUUUCGACACAGGCUUUGCUCUGAUUGGUGGAGACAGAUGUGGAGGGAAGGGUGAUGUCAUCAGUGUUUAUCAGCCCACAGAGCACAUCUGCAGCUCGGGCUGCAAGUAGCUUAUUCAACAAAAUAAAAGCUGUAAAUUAAACACGCCCACACCCCGGGGUGUGAAUGGAAUCCAUGCGGUAACACACCUGCAUCAUUCAGCCAUCCAAUCAGACACACUUCCUGACGGUGACAUAGUUAUCGCAUCAGGUUGUGCUUCUGUUUACUUUAUUUUAUUUUUUAUUUUAUUUUUUAACUGUAUAGUCACUUUGUUUAUAUAAAGAUUGCUUGCUGUUGAGUGGUGAGAGGAAGGGGGGGCUUUGAACCUUUCACAGAAAACGCACUCUGAAGUCUGCAAACGUUGUUUGUGUAUAUUUGUUUGUAAAUACAUAUACACAAAACACUCCUGUACAAAAACGCUCUGUGGUACACCAUCUUUGGCUAAAAACAAACGAAAAAACAACAAAAAAAGUAUCAACGUCUUUCGUUAGCAUACUGUUUUUUUCCUAUGAAUUUAUGGUAGUAGUGAUACUGUGAUUAUGGAUUAUGUUCACUUGAUUAAUAGGACUACACAGAGCUGAGUGGUGUUGAAACGAUUGGCAAGGGGCAAUAGUCAGUCAGAGAAAAGAGGUUCCUCCCAACCAGCCUCUCGACUCCACGCUACUGCAACAGUUCUGCCUCCUGAGUAUACUAACUAGGGCUGGUAAAAAUCUUCACAGUAUGGUGACAAGAUGAUUUUAAGAGUAAUUAAAGAUUUUUUUAUUUAUCUAAUUUAUGGACCAGGUUUAAAGGUGUUGAUAAUUUGACUGCUUUUAAUUCUGUCAUGUUGAAGUGCUCCUUUUCUCAUGGCGGAGCCUACUUGAGUCUGAACUGCUGUAAAAAAAAAAAAAAAAACGAAUGUCUGGUAUAGUAAGGACUUUAUCUCUGCUUUCUAUUUCUUAUUGAGACAUUUCCAGUUGUACUUGCACCACAUCACAUCUCCAUCCAUGAUAAUACUGUUUGGUUUUCUUUACGAGCCCUCACAUUUGUUUUGUUUGAUUUUGAAAAAAAAAAAAGAAAGGAAAAAAAGAAACUUGUAUUUCCUCUUGGUUUAUAGACGCAGCGCUGUAAUGCAUACCUAGAAAAAUGUACAGUACGAACGUAGGUGGACUUUUUUUUUAAUCAGUGAUUGAAGACCCACGCGAUCCAUGCUUGCUAUUUGUAAUUUAACACAAAAAUUCUGUCGGUUUUUUGCAUUGUUAAUUUCCAGUUUUUUGAGGCUUGCUUUGAUAGUGCCAGUGAAGUGCAGAUAUACUUUUUUGGUCUUUGACCUUUUCUACAGGUGACUUAUCCUUCAUCCUCAUUAAGGGCUAUCACAGUGCAUCAGGCAUCAGACAGCGGGGAGUGGAGUACAGGACCACACUGAAGUCAUCCACUACUAAUCCUUGUUUAUAAAUGGAGAUUACUUGCAGUAUGUGCUAUAAGAAGUAUAGGCAGGGUGUUAAUUCAAACGUAAGGUGUGUGUAGAGUGUUUACCAACACUAAGCAGUUUUCUUUAUGUAUUUCUUUAUAUAUCUGGCCCUUUUUGUGAAUUAAGUGGACCCAGCAUCUGGCUCUCUGACUAUCAGUAUAGAAACACUUGUCACUAAAGACACUACUACCAGAACAAGUAUUGCACGAUUCCCCAAGUAUUUGACUUGUAGCUGAUAGCCAUGAAAUCUUAAUGGCCAUGUUUGCGUCUUUGCAUGUUUUAACCCAUAAACUACAGAUCUCAUACUUUAUUGUUGACCAUUUCUCCAGUUUAUAAAUUGAUUUCCUACUUUGCAUGUAGCCAUUGGUUUCCAUUCAUGCUAGUAAGGUUUGAAAAAUACUUGCAGAGAGUUUAAACUUGAUUCUGAGAGAUAAUCCAUACCACAGUAGACAUUUAGUCACUUUUUUUUUUUUUUUUUUUUUUUGGUCAAGCUUGCAUUAUUGUGCAACAGUUACAGCCGUAUUUAGUGAGCAGGAGCUCACAGAUUUAAUGAAUGUAACUGUUCAAGGAAACACUGAAUUUCAUACUGACACUGACAAAGAAACUAGUUAAUGUGAAUCAGUUAUGUCUGGCCAAUACCCUAUUGCUAAAUAAGGUCAAUAUUGGCACAGACAAACAAUGCGGCAUGUCUGAUCGGUGCACCCUUACAACUAAGAUGAGAAUAUAGGGAAAAAUAUAAGGAAAUCAAAAAUAUAGGGAAUCAAUCUAAAAACUGAAGGUAUGCUUCAAAAAUGGUGAGCAGUGAUGUAAAGUUUGAACUAAGCUGAUGGGGCUAAAAUAUAUAUUUUAUAAAAUGCCAGUGUAGUCCUUAACUGCCAUUUUGUCUGCUGAGAAUGACGCUAUCCUUGAGCGUAAGAAGCAGACAGCCAAUCGUUAGACUGCUGUCAUAAAGAGGGUCUGGAUACCAGUAUUGAAGUGGAACAAUAUAGCAGUAUGGAUACCCAAGUAUUUAUCAGUAGUUGUGUUAAGAUUUACUGUGUGAGUGCAGCUCACUUAAAUGGUGACGAACCAUGUUGUAUUAUUAGACUUGACACUACAACUCUGGCACAUGGUGACGGGCCGUUAGUGUAGGUUUGGUAGUGUGUUAGCAGUCCAGUGUUGCACAGUGUGUUUUUGACACAUUUAAUCUGUAUGAGCUGGAAAGGGAAGGGCAGUCUGUAUGAAACUUAAAUCUCCUUCUCAUUCUUUCAUUCUUGUCCAUUUUGAGCAAUGACCAGUGGACAGACUGGAUUGGUUUUUCACUACAACACACUCUUAUUUAUUGCCUUUCAUUGCCUUGAAUAAUGAAAGAUGGUGUUGCGGGCCCUUUAUGGUUUUUGAGGCUUUGCUUUGUGACCUUUUGGGUGGCCGUGGUUGUGUGAAGUCCCUUCCUGUGGGCUUGUUCGAAUAAGUGAAAUCAAACUUAUCUUUUGGCCAUCUGUGUGGAGUCGGUGCAUAUUCAAAACUUAAAUCUUGUUCUGUUUUUUUUGUUGUUGUUUUUUUUUUCCAUUUCCUGUAUGAUAAGAAAACAUUACCAGAACACUAUUAUUUAGGACCACUUGAUUUAUUUUUCCUCACUCUAAUGAAACCUGAAGGUCAAUUGUGUAGUGGUGUAUAAAAUGCUGUUUUAUUUCUUUUCUUUAUUUUGUAUGUAAACCAAAUGUAAAUUAUGUAUUAUACUGAGUGUGCCAACCCCACUCUCUAGAGCCAGGCUCUCUCUAAGUGCCAACGCUGUGGUCAUCAUCAAAGGACCACCACCUGAGAUGGUCCCCCUUUUUAAAUAAAACACACCGGAGACUAAAAGGAUAGAUGAUUAAGUACACACAAAGACUUUAUUCUGUAUUUAAGAUUGAAGAUUUAAAAGAUAAUCUGCUGUUUUUUAAGAAACUGUAAUUAUAAUUGCAUGUGCUGUUUAUUUUGUGUUGGAAGUGAGGGCUUUGAUUUCAUUGAAGCAGAGCCCUUAAUGAAGGGGGUUCAAUCAGUUGGUUAUUAUCGAUUAUUGAUUUACAUAACUCUUGCCAUAUUUUUUUAUGUUUCAUGUAUUUGUUUCAACCACUGUUGCCUGAUCCUCAUUCAAACAUGAACAUGACUUAUGAUCAUUGCCGCCUUCUAAGAGAGAAACAUAAUGACAAGGUAUCUGUUUUAAAUUGAAAUAAAUUUGUUCCUAUACUUGCUCA